GGACGACUCCGGGGCAGCAGGAUGGGAACCAGCAGCUCCAGCAGCUCCGGCGGGGAGGAGGACGCCGGCACACAGGAGCUCCUUCAGGAAACCGGCUUCUCGGCCGGCCACCUGCAGCGUCUCAGAGAGAGGUUCGACUACCUGGACAAGGCGGGCCGAGGACAGCUCAGGAUGGAAGACUUCGAGUCCAUCCCCGACUUGGACUCGAACCCCAUCAAAGACCGGAUCAUCGCUGGAUUCUUCUCCCCGGGACAGGAAACGGUGGACUUUCCCGCCUUUGUCCGGGUUCUGGCUCACUUCCGUCCCAGGGACAGGAACCGGAGCAGAGACAGAACGCAGCCAGAACCGCCCAACACCAAGACCCAGAAACUCAGAUUUGCCUUCCAGCUGUACGACCUGGACGGAGACGGGAAGAUCUCCAGAGCCGAGCUCCUUCAGGUGCUGCAGGAGAUGCUGGGCCUGCAGGUGAACGAGGAGCAGCUGCGCUGCAUCGCUGAGCGAGCCAUCCAGGAGGCCGACCGGGACCAGGAUGACGCCAUCUCCUUUGACGAGUUCAAAAAGUCUCUGGAGAAGGUGAACGUGAACGAGAAGAUGAGCAUCCGCUUCCUGGAGUAACAGAGGUCCAGACGGAGACGAGGAGACACCAGGAGACACGAGACACCAGGAGACACCAGGAGACGCCAGGAGACGCCAGGAGACGCCAGGAGACGCCAGGAGACCAGUGGCGAUUCCUCUAAGACUGCAAGGGAAGCUCAGCUUCCUCUAAAAUGUCAAAAAAUAACUGGUCAAAUAUGUACUGUUGUGUUUACAUUUCAUUGACUAUAUAUGCGCUAGAACGGGAUCACCUUUACUUCAGCCUCUUAUCAAAGUCACAGACGCAACUUUCUCCUCAUUCAUUCCUGCAGCUUCACGUGCAGAAGCUCAGCAUCUAUGGCAGGGGUCGGCAACCCAAAAUGUUUUAGAGCCAUAUUGGAGCAAAAACACAAAAAACAAAUAUGUCUGGGGUCGCAAAAAAUGAAAAGUCUUGUAUAAACCUUAGAAUGAAGACAACACAUGCUGCAUGUUUCUAUAUUAGUUAUAACUGGGGGAGGAUUUUAUUUUUCAUUAUGCACUUCAAGUUAAAAAGUCAAAAUGUCGAGAAAAAAGUCGAAAUGUCGAAAAAAAAGUUGAAAUGUCGAGAUUAAUGUUGAAGUACAAUUUUGAGAAACAAGUCGAAAUGUUGAAAAAAAAAGUUGAAUUUCGAGAAAAAAGUCGAAAUGUUGAGAUUAAUGUUGAAGUACAAUCUCAAGAAAAAAGUCAAAAUGUCAAGAAAAAAGUUAAAAUUUCGAGAAAAAAGUCGAAAUGUCGAGAUUAAAAAGGAAAGGAAAAAGGAAGAAAAAAUAGAAAAAAAGGAAAAAAAGAAGAAAAAGAAUUUUAACCAGACCUCGACCCAGGUCGGUGUAUCUGAGUUGUAGUUCUGGUGAGACGCCACCGGGGGGAGCUGUUGCUCAAACAUUUCCUGCAGCAGACGGGACCCAGAACUGGUCCGGGGCUGGGGGACCAUAUGGUUCCUGGACGAACCCCCAGACUCCCCAGGACCCCCCGUGGAGGUUUAGACCAUCUUUUACACUUUAUUAAAGCUUUUAACCCUUGUGCUGUGUUUGGGUCAAAAUGACCCAAUUCUUCCUUCUUUCUUUCCUCCUGCUCUCUCCUUCCUUCUUCCUUUCCUCUUUUCCUCCUUUUUUACCCUCCUUUACUCCUUUUUCUUCCUACCUCCCUUCCAUCAUUCGUUCCUUUAUUACCUUCUUUGAUUUUGCUUCUUUCUUUCCUUUUCUCCAUUCCUUCCUCCCUCCCUUCUUUCUUUGUCUCCCUUCUUUCUUUCUUUCUCUCUUCCUUCCAUCUUUUCUCCCUUCCUUACUCCCUUUCCUACUUCCUUCCUUCCUUCUUUUCUCCUUUCUUCCUUCCUCCCUUCUUUCCUUCCUUCCAUCUUUUCUCCCUUCUUUCCUCCCUUCCUUACUCCCUUUCCUACUUCCUUCCUUCUUUUCUCCUUUCUUUCUUCCUUCCAUCUGUUCUCCCUUCCUUACUCUCUUUCCUACUUCCUUCCUCCCUUCCUCCCUUCCUUCUUUUCUCCUUUCUUCCUUCCUUCCAUCUUUUCUCCCUUCUUUCCUCCCUUCCAUCUUUUCUCCCCUCGUUACUCCCUUUCCUACUUCCUUCCUUCUUUUCUCCUUUCUUCCUAACUUCAUUCUUUGCUCCCUUCCAUCUUUUUUCCUUCCUUCCUUCCUUCCUUCCUUCCUUCCUUCCUUCCUUCCUUCCUUCCUUCCUUCCUUCCUUCCUUCCUUCCUUCCUUCCUUACUUCCUUCUUUCCUUCAUUCCUUCUUUUCUCCGUUCACCCUCCCUUGACCCAAAGACAGCACAAGGGUUAAAGUCGUGCACCUCUGAUCAGCAGGAAGUAAGACACCAUGGGACACACAGGUGGAAUUCUGGGAGUUUAUUUUGGAUCUUUUUUUAGAUCAUCAUGGUCCCGCCGGGUGGGACGGGGGACAACGACCAGGAUCCACACACAACAAACAUUAGUGUCACACCGAGCCGAGCGUCUCUCUCCAGGAAGUAGACGGAGCCGUCCUCCUCUCUACUUGUGAGGCAUCGCGGCGAACAGCAGCCAGUAGAGAGAGUAGCCGGUUCCUGUGGAGACACGAGCAGGUUAACGUCUUCAAGGACACAUGAGACAUAUGAGACCUGAUAUGAGACCUGAUAUGAGACCUGAUACGAGACCUGAUAUUAGAUUACUGUAAUGUGUUAUUAGCAGGAUGUCCAAGUAAUUUGCUGAAUAGGCUCCAGCUGAUCCAAAAUGCAGCAGCACGAGUACUGACAGGAAUCAGCAGGAGAGACCACGUCACUGUUUUUUUAACAUAUAUUUAUAAAACUGUUUUUACAUACUGCACAAAAGAUCUUAUCUGUCGAUUCCUUGUAUGUCUGACAUGUGAAGAAACGACAAUAAAGCUACUUUGACUUUGA